GGAAGUGCGGAAGUGUUGCUGCGUUUUAUCUUCCCUAUCCCUGCACACGGUCAUGUGAUAGAGUCAGGGUUGUAAGGGGUGCCCAUAUAUUUCAUUUACUUGGUUGUGUAACUCAUCUUUAACUUGUGCUUUGUGAUAAAUUUAUGAGCUACAUGGCGUUGUGUGGGUGGAGAAGAUGCACGUUUGACUAAUGACAUGGUCCUCAAUUCCAUGCUGAAGCUGCUGCAGAGGCAGACUUACACAUGUCUCUCUCAUCGAUAUGGGCUGUAUCUGUGCUUUGGCGGCAUCGUCCUCAUGAUCGUUUCCGCAUUUCAGUUUGGCGAGGUGGUUGUAGAAUGGAGUCGGGAUCAGUAUCAUGUGCUGUUUGAUUCAUAUCGAGACAAUGUUGCAGGGAAAUCAUUCCAAAAUAGGUUGUGUCUACCCAUGCCAAUAGACGUAGUCUAUACUUGGGUAAAUGGUACUGAUAUGGAUUUAAUUAAAGAGCUCAGAGCUUUAAAGGAACAGAUGAAAGAAGAACAAAGGGUUAUGAGGGAGCUGUUGGGCAAGAAUACUACAGAACUGCCAAAAGCAAGUGAGAAGCCUGAAUGCCUUUUGUCACACUGCAUCAAGGUUCCAAUGCUUGUACUUGAUCCAGCAAUCCCAGCUAACGUCACUAUAAAAGAAUUACCAUCCUAUUUACACUCCUUUAAGUCAGCAAAGCAGAUGAUCCAUGUUGCAAAGCCCAAGAAUCCCUCUGUUAAUAUUACUGUACUUAUGUUUGACACUCAGAAUAAAGCAUCUGAAGCACAUACAUCUGUGUCAAAUGAAAACAAAAAGCACUCCGUUUCAAGAGGGUACUUGACUUCUGAUAAAGACGCUCCUGGCGUGGUACUAAUGCAAAAUCUGGCAUUUUUAAGUGGGUUUCCCUCAUCCUUUAAGGAGACCGAACAACUCAGAUUAAAGCUCCCACAGAUUAUAACUAGUAAAAUUGAACAGUUUCAACUCUAUUCUGAAGCCAGUAUCGCCCUUCUCCAGUUAAAUAGGCCAGCAGAUUAUUCUGAACUUGCUCAGCAAGCAAAGAAGAAUUUAACCAUAGAUGGAAAAGAACUUGCAGUCAGUCUUGCUUACUUGUUAUGGGACUUUAGUGCUAUCAGCCAAUCCAAGCAGGAUGAGGAUAUUUCUGCAAGCCGAUUUGAAGAUAAUGAAGAACUGCGCUAUUCUUUGAGAUCUGUGGAAAGACAUGCACCUUGGGUGAGGCAUAUCUUCAUUGUGACCAAUGGACAGAUUCCUUCCUGGCUAAAUCUAGACAACCCUCGAGUUACCAUUGUAACACAUAAGGAUAUUUUCCUUAAUGGAAGCCAUUUACCUACUUUCAGUUCUCCAGCAAUUGAAAGCCACCUUCAUCGGAUUCCGGGUCUUUCUAGAAAGUUUAUUUAUCUGAACGAUGAUGUUAUGUUUGGCAAAGAUGUUUGGCCAGAUGACUUUUACAGUCAUUCUAAAGGACAAAAGGUUUAUUUAACUUGGCCUGUGCCAAACUGUGCGGAGGGGUGUCCUGGAUCCUGGAUAAAAGAUGGCUAUUGUGAUAAAGCUUGCAAUAACUCUGCCUGUGACUGGGAUGGAGGAGACUGUUUAGGGGCUGCAGGAAAUGCUCGUUUUGGUGGAGGUGGAGGAGCAGUAGGUGGCAAUGUUCCAUCCUGGCAGUUUGGAGGGAUUGGUGGGAUUGGCGGUCAACCCUACUGUAGCCAAGGUUGUGCUAAUUCUUGGCUGGCAGAUAAGUUUUGUGACCAGGCCUGCAAUGUACUUUCCUGUGGAUUUGAUGUUGGAGAUUGUGGACAAGAUCAUUUUAAUCAGCUUUAUAAAGUUACUGUAAAACUAAACCAGACGCACUACUCCAUUCCUCGUGGAGAAAACAAGCCAUACUUCAGCUUUGCUGGCAUAGCAAAGCGGAUUUCAGAUGCAACAGUUAACGAUAACUCCAUUGUACGCCAUACCUCUGUUGCCAACAAAUGGAAGACUAUUCACUUGAUUCUUUAUGAAGGGAUGAAUGCAACAGUACUGCAUUAUAAUUUAACUUUUCAGGAUAAUCAUGAUCAAGAAUUUAAAAUGCAGCUUACUGUGGCGGUUGACACAAGAGAAACUAUAAAACCAAAUGUAAGUGGGAUUCGCACCGAUUCCAAGAGUAGUAUUUUAUCAACAACAUCUCCACCUGAAGCAGAAGUUCUCUUUGAAGAUAUUCCUGAAGACAGAAGGUUUCCAAGGAUUCAGAAACGAGUUUCAAAUGAAUCCAGCUUAUUAAUUUCAGUGCCUGCUCUAAACAUAUCUCUUUUGCCAAUUGAAGUUCAAAUCUUAUUACAGAAAUUAGAUGCAAAAUUGCAACAGGGAGAUAUUACACUUAAAGGCUACAAUCUCACCAGAGCUUCCCUUCUGAAACCUUUUACAUCAAUUGCCGAGUUCCAGAACAGUACGCAUAAUCUGAAUGUGCCUGAGAACGAGGCUUCUAAGAAGAAAGGAAAUGUGAAAUUAAAGCAAACAAGAAAAAAACAUACAGUCCAGCUGAAUUCAUCAACUGACAAAUCGGGACUUGUUGGCCUCUAUAAGACUACUGCUAUUCCUGUGAAAACUGAUUCUCGGUUGUCUCAUAUCAAACUUCAAAAUGCCUCUACUGCAAAAGAAAAUUUAAAUAGGCUUGAACCUGAACAUAAGCCAACAAACAAAAAUUUGUCAGCAGCUCUCAUUGGCAGUAAUUUAAAAGUGAAAGAACUAAGUACGAAAAUGAACGAGAAACAAGUUUUCACUGAAGAACCAUUAGAUGACAAAAUGAAGCAAAAUAAUAAUCCAGCUGUGGGACGUAGACUUCAGUAUUUUUCUCCUAUUCAUGGAGGUUUUCUACCCUGGGAAAAAAGAAAAUAUUUUUAUGAUUUAUUAGAGAAGAAAAGGUUUCCUGAAGAAUUUGAUAUAACAUCAUCUCACAAAGUACGGCAUUCUGAAGACAUGCAGUUUGCAUUCUCCUAUUUUUAUUACCUAAUGAGUGCUGUGCAGCAGUUCAAUGUUUCACAAGUGUUUGAUGAAGUGGAUACUGAUUUGUCUGGAGUCUUGUCAGAUAGAGAGAUCCGUACUUUAGCUACUAGGAUUCACGAGCUGCCUCUUAACCUUCAGGACUUGACUGGUUUGGAACAAAUGUUGAUAAAUUGUUCAAAAACACUCCCCAGUAAUAUUACAAAUGUGAAUACAGUCAAUCCAACGCAAGAAGCUUAUUAUGAUCCUAGCAUGCCUCCAGUAACAAAAGGACUUGUGACUAACUGUAAACCUAUUACUGACCGAAUCCAUAAAGCCUACAAGGAGAAAACUAAAUAUAAAUUUGAAAUUAUGGGUGAAGAAGAAAUUGCAUUUAAAAUGAUUCGAACCAAUGUUUCCCAUGUUGUGGGACAACUGGAUGAUAUAAGGAAAAAUCCAAGGAAAUUUGUUUGUUUAAAUGACAACAUUGACCAUAGUCACAAGGAUGCAGCUACUGUGAAAGCUGUAUUGCGAGACUUCUAUGAAUCAAUGUUUCCUAUCCCUUCACAAUUUGAACUGCCAAGAGAAUAUCGUAAUCGCUUUCUUCAUAUGCAGGAGCUACAGGAAUGGAGAGCAUACCGGGACAAGUUGAAAUUCUGGACACACUGUGUUCUUGUCACUUUAGUUGCCUUCACUGUAUUUUCAUUUUUUGCAGAACAGCUAAUUAUGUUAAAACGUCAGCUCUUUCCAAGGAGAAGAAUCAAAAGGGAUGUCAAUCCAGAACGAGUGUAGAUGGAGGUGGAACAAUUUACUUUUUGUACAUUUUGAGCCUGGCUUACCAAAUAAGACAGUAAAACAAAAAUACAAAGCUGACUGAAACAAGUGCCAAGUAAUAAAUCUCGAGAGACCUGUUGAGCACCAACUUGUGAAGGAAAACACAGGAGACAGAAGCUCUUUUGGGAUCCCUGGACUGCCAGUGAAUUGAUGCGUCAGCCAUUGAAUCCUACAGCCAGUCUCCACAGUAGGGUGCAAGUCAGGGUGGUGCACUUCCAGGAGGGAGUAAUAUUGGACACUGGAGCUGGCAGAAAUUUAGAUGGUUGAAGUUCCAUUUUUAUAUUUUUGGAACCAACUGAGCUCUUUAGUUUCUAUGCUGAAAUGGAGUUCUCGAGAUGAUAAAUCAGUGCACUCGAACAUGUUGUGUUCAUUUAAAAUGGACCGGCAGAGGUGGUUUACGAUAUAAAGUGCUGAACACCUAUAGUAGUAUAGCUAAAAAUAAAUAAUGUGUUAGUGCACUCCAUUCUUUAUAUUUUAGUACAAAAAAGCAUUUAAUUGUUGCUGCCUUUCCCUUUAUUAUUAUUUUAAAGAAGUGCCUAUUUUGUUGUUGAUUUAUUUAAAGAGCACUGGUAUGUAAUCCAGCUUCUCCUCCAACAAAAAAAUAUUUUAUUAUAUUUUUCCAAAGUAAAGAUUUAUUGGGUAAUGUUAAAACAAUAAUAAAUCAUUUUUUUAAAGAAUAUAAUUACAUUUUCCCCUACAAAUGCAUUGUGUUUGGAGAAUUGACUAUUCCAGACUGUGUUACUUAUUGUAUUGACGGCAAAGCCAGAUAUGUGAAUUUCUCCUUUUGAAUGUAAAAUGAAGCAGUGCUGAGCUGCAGUAUCUUAUCAGUUGAACGCCAAGAUGAUAUGAAUGUCAAGUAGUACUUGCCUGAAACAAAGUUUUUGUGGUGUCAUUUAAAAUGCUAAUGUGUUAUUAGAAGCAGUUGUAUUUUUUUUUGUCAGAUGUGCAAAAUGGUGGAUAAAACUAUCUUGAAAAGAGCAGCUCAGAAUAGUCAAUAUUCAUGCAAAAGUCAUAAAACUUUUAGAAUGAGUCAAGAGUUCUGAUGAUGACUACAGUUUUAAGUUAAUUAUUAAUAUUGACUUCUACAAUAAGUGCAUUGCCUGUUGUAUUAAUUUAGACAUUUUGUCAUUUUAAUGUUAAUAAGCGUAUAGUUUUAGAAAAAUAUCCAUAGUUUGGAUACAUUUAUCUUAAACUGGGGGAUACUUUUACAUCAAAUGGUAAACAAGCCUACAAAAUCUCAAAUUUCAAGAGUAUAGUUUUAAGAACUGAAGUUUAUUCAUAGAAAUGAGCAUCUGAUGGAAUGUUUGUGGUCAUUUUGUAACGCAUCACUGAAAAUUAUGCUGACAUUGUUUGCCUUAUCAUUCUUUCAUUUUUAGUAUGUGCUAAUGGAGGAUAUGCCCUGUGUGUUUCUAGCUAUUUCCUUAUGCUUUGAGAGUUAAAGUAGUUUGUCUUUGAUUAAGUGUAUUCAUGUUACUCUUACUACAUUUUUUUAUACCAGUCCACAUACAUGAAGAACAUAGCGUUAUUGUGUAAAUUAGUCCUCAAAGGAAACUUACUUUAAUGAAUAAAGCAAAUAUGCUUGUAAGUAUGGUAGUCAGAAUAGUUUUCUUUUAAUCCCAGUCGUGCAAAGAAUCUUAUUUUUAAAGUAAACAACAGCAUAAAAACCAUGCUUUAUAAUUUGGGGUAAAUUGCCAUUGCUAGUAAGUAUCGUAUUUUAUGGUGACAGAUAUGGUGUAAAGCUGUAAAUCCAAGAGGAUCAGUGUUUGAACAGGGAGCUAUACAGAAAUAUUCAAGGGGAGAACAUUUUUUUUAAAUGAAACGCUCAUCUGUUUCUACAGAUGCAGAUUAUCCGAUUUAUGAUUGGUUUUUGUUCAGUAAGUUCCACUUUUGCAACGUUCAAUGAUGAUAACGUUCCUCUGCCCAUGCUGACUAAGUAAGGAUAGAUCUGCUUGAGGUGAAGAAUCGCUAAAAAUCAAACGCAGUUUAAGGUUCUGUGCAGAGGACAGGUGGGCACUUGGCACCAUAUAUUCAAGAUUUGUAGCAAAUACACUUUUAGGCCAGUUUCGAAAUACAGUAUGUGGACACAAACAGGGUAAAAGUCUAAUAUACAAAACCUGUUACUAAUUUCCUCAUCCAGGAAUUAUCAAGUCAGAUAAAGAAUGCAUGCAUGUUAUUGAUUGGUGGCCGUACGUCUUUCAGUUGGAGAGUUGUGUUGCCUGCCAGUGAUAUUUGACUUUAUUUUCCAGUUGCAUUGUAAUAAUAAUUUUUAAACAAUUUUUCACAGCUCCUGCAUUUUGAAUUGUAAGAAGAGGUAAUCCAAAACCGCCAUGUUACUUCAAAUGUCCAUGCCAUUUUUAUUAAAUUAUCAUAGAAACAUUGUACUUGUAUUCACUUCAUAUAAUAUUCAUAGAAAUGUGCAAUUAGUUUUAGAAGAAAACAAAGUACAAAUCAUUGCUGUAUUUUCCUGGUAUUUAUUUUUUACUUUGUAGAAAUUGUAAAAAACAUUCUAAAUAUCAGGUGCAGUAGCAGAGGUACGCAGUUUUCAGAUGAGCGGAGUUGGAGGUAAUCUUUUAAUGGUGAUUAUUUUCUGUUUAUUUUAGAUAAAGUAACAUUGAGGGCUAAUCUUAAUAAAUUGUUUUUUAUGCAACAA